AUGGACAAUGCCCAGGACGACAAGCUCGGCAAACUACUGCCCAAGUCCAUUGCAGAAAAACGGCGCCAGCGCAAGCAGAAACGCACAGCAGCAACGGGAAGCCUCCGCACAUCGAAGACGUCCUCGAGCUUUGGUGGCGAUAGUGACGGCACCGGCUCAGCAUCUGCCUCUAUCCUGGCGGAUGAAGAAGAUGAACGAAGCCCCAGAGACGACCGCAGCUUCGGCUCCUUUGAGUCAGGGCCUGAGCCAGAGAACGCGACGGCAACAGGCCGAGCACCAUUCAAGAGUUCAAAAAACUCAAGGAGCCCCUCGAGGGCGCCGUCUCAGCACAAAAGCAGCAUUCCAAGUCCCCGUCUGCCCAUCGGCGUCUCGAAACCAAUGAUUGAGGCCAAUUCGACCAGACUCGACCUGGACGCUCGGACUCUUCUCUCGCUCUCGCUCAAGCGUCGUAUUAUACCCCAGCUACGCGAGGUUCCCUGGUCCCCAACGCGACCAGGGGCAGUUUCGCAGCAUCCUUCGCUGAUCGGCUAUCUCACGACCGCGUCUCCCGUUGUCCAGGCGGCGCACAUUGAUCCUCAAUCGCAACCCGCAUCGCCUCAGCAACAAGCGGUUAGGCCAACAUCCAUCGAUUCUGGCCUCGGCCCACAGCUGCCCACGACAGCUACCGCAGCUGAAACCCCUGCGGAUCUACCAAAACUCAAACUGGCUUUCCCCAGCAGUUCAUCCCAAAGCGGCCGCGACAUCGACCAGGACGUUGCACCGCCUCUGACACCGACUUACCUCAACAAAAGCCGCGACGCGCCGUCGAUCGUCAACACCCCUCCAAGUCCAGUGCAGCCGUUGCCCGAAACCGAAUCGCUGGAGAAAAGGGCUGCUGCGUGGAAGCUCCCGAGUUUCUCAGCUGCAGCUGGAUCACCGACAGGUCGAAUCUCGAACCAACAUAAAAAAAGCUCGUCGACUUCUGCUACGAUCGGGCCCAGCAAACUUUCGUCCAGCGUCACGGCGCUGACGCCCCCUCCAGAGGGGCUCGAGGCCACGUUGGGUCACCCGAAUUCCGGCUUCUUCUCGUCCAUGAUAUCCGCUGCGCAGUCCGCCGCCAACAAUAUCAGCUCCAACAUUCAGAACUCGGGUCUUGCCCUUGGAACGGCGAAUAAAGGCCGAUCUCCGCCCACGAAACCUCGAGACCAAGAAGCAAGCCCGGCCGACAAUACAGAGACAGACCCGAGCCAGCCACCGACGCAGGCACAGGUAACGGCACAAGCGCAUGCGCAACAGAACAACCCCAUGGACCAGAAAGACAGAGACUCUGCUGUGCGGACACUUGGCGCAGGUGGUCUCAGCCUCGACCAUUUCGGUAUUGAAGAGCCUGUGAGCUCCACUACAUCGCCUUCUGCCAAUCGCUUCAUGGACAUUGAUAGCACGAGAGCUCGCUCGGAGUCAGCGCCUGCCGAUUCCCAAAAUGGCGUCGAAUUUCUGCCAGAAGAGGCCGCGAGCCGCCCGAGGUCGCUCAACGAGGGCCAGGAGGGUGAGACAACGCCACCUCAGUCACAGAUCGAUCUAGAUGAUAAAAUGGGCAUGAGCAGGGCGGGAAGCUUGCGGCGAGCUCACAGGAAAAGGGGUAGCUCUGUCACCACAGCGCACACUGGUAUGAACAUGGGUGCUCCAUUGGGCAAUCUUGUCAGCCCUGUUUCUCAGCCAGCCGCGAAUCUCAGCACACCCAAGCUGACAGGUUUUGCUAUUGCGAGCAAGAAGAGGAACCGGGACUUUCACUCCAUCUUCAAAAGCGUUCCCGACGACGACUACCUGAUUGAGGAUUACAGCUGUGCGCUACAGCGAGAAAUCCUAGCUCAUGGGCGCCUCUACGUCUCAGAAGGUCACUUGUGUUUCAGCAGCAACAUCCUAGGUUGGACGACCACCUUGGUUAUCAGUUUCGACGAAAUCGUCUCGGUUGAGAAGAGAAGCACUGCCCUCGUCUUUAAAAACGGUCUCAUGAUCUCCACACUGCACGCCAAGCAUGUGUUCGCAAGCUUCACGAGCCGUGAUGCUACGUACGACCUUAUCAUUAAUAUCUGGAAAUUAGGCCAUCCAACGCUCACGAGCACAUUAAACGGUGUGCGACUUGAGGGCACUGGAGGCGACAGGACAGAGAAGCUUGAUGGUACUCAGUCCAUCGCAGGCACGGAGACAGUCGCAUGCUCAGACGACAGCGAUGAAGAAUCGGAUGACGAUGGUGAUGAGUUCUACGACGAGGAGGACAGUGAGGAUGGUGUAGAUGGUGAUGAUGGAAUGCCCGUGGCAGAAGGAGAGGCCGAGAAAAUUGCGAACAGAAAGGCCUCGGGCGUCACGACGAGCAAUGGCGUGUCUGCUUCGGCAAAUAAGGACGGACCAGUGCCGAACGGAACAGUCGAAUUUCCCGGGCCAGCUACCCAUGCUCCCACCGACUGCGGUGAUGCUGCAAGUCACUACGACAGGGUGGUUGGCGACGAUGUUAUCGCCGCUCCUCUAGGCCGGAUAUAUGACCUCAUGUUUGGUCAACACUCUGCGGCUUUCAUGACAAAGUUCCUGGCGAUUGAUCAAAAAUGUCUCGAGGUCCAGAUGGAGGACAAACGUGGCAUGGGACCGGAUAACAAAACACGCACGUACACCUACAUCAAGCCCCUGAAUGGGCCCAUCGGCCCCAGGCAAACAAAGUGUGUCAUCUCAGAGUCCCUGGAUAGCCUCGACUUUGAGAAAUCCGCCAACGUUACCAUUCAAACACAGACACCAGAUGUGCCCAAUGGCAACAUGUUUGUAAUCAAAACCAAAUACUGCUUGUCGUGGGCGGAGAACAACUCGACUCGUGUGUUUGUCAACUGUGGCAUCGAGUGGUCAGGGAAGAGUUGGAUCAAGGGACCGAUUGAGAAGGGCGCAAAUGACGGCCAGACCGAUCACUGCAAGGCGAUUUUUGCAUCCCUCCGAGCCGCCAUCUCCACCAGGCCCAGGGCUGGUACAGGUUUAGGCGCAGGCGCUAAUGGCGCCAAAUUCAAGAGGAAAGGGAAGAAGGGCAAGCAAUCUCAGCCCUCGAACGUAGAGAAGACGUCCACAAAGACUGUAGUGAAGCCUGAUUGGGGCUUGCUGGAACCUAUACGACCUCUGUUGGAACCAGUCACCGACUUUUUCAAGCCUUUACUGGGUGGCAAUCUCGUUUAUGGCUUGUUUUUGGGGUUACUGCUGGCAUCGUGGCUCGGACUCGGGUUGAGCCCCCGAAAGGACGCAUCCCAAUACGGUGGUCUCUCCGGGGCGUAUGCACCAGAUCGUAUCGCUGCCUACGAGGAAAUCUGGCAGAGGGAAGAUAGUGAACUGUGGGACUGGCUGGAAGAAAGGACAGGACUGCAUCGUCUCAACUCAGACGGACCCAGCACACGAAAGAAGGCCAUGUCGCCCCGUACGGCUGAGGAGAGGUUACGGGCAGAGCGCAGCAACGCGCGGAAUGUGGAAGAGGCCAUACGUGUCACGGAGGAGAAGCUCAAGGUGAUGCAGGAAGCCAUGGAGAAGUUUAGUCGGGCGCGCGAAGGACAGGGCAGUCCAUCUGCGGGGACCGCAGUAUGA